AUGGCUGCUCCCGGCGCGCGCAUGCGAUUGACCGUCGUGGUCGAGGCGCUGGCCGAGGAAAACGCCCACGGCGAGUACCGCGACGAGGCGCUCAAGGUAUUCAAGGAGCGCAAGUUUGCCAUGCCCGUGCAGCUGGACGACACGUUCGAGACGGUUUGGACCGACAUUGAGCAGCGCUACAAGACGAACUACCUCGACGCGCACCAGGCGAGCACGUUCAGCAUCAAGAAGCUCCAGGACGCCUACGAGUGCGACCUCGACAUGACGGACACGGUCGGCGCCAUCUUCGAGGGCGAGCCCGAUCGCAGGAUGCACCUGAUCCGCGUCAUCCCCCACUUUGUCUACCGCGAGACGUCGGUGGUGCCGGGCUCCAUGCUGCGGCCCUCGCGCGCCCAGAAGCGUCAGGGAGACGACCUGGACCACGCCGACGACACAGACAUAUCUCAGGCCACGCAAAAGCGGCGGCGCGUCGAAUCGCUGCACCACCAGCGCCAGCAUAAGCAGCUCCCAGACACCCUCGACGCCCGCGAUCCCUCGCCUAACCGCCCGAUCCCCUCGACUGAGUCCCGCCACGCCGUGGCAGAUGGUACACACCGUUCAGAUGGUGCAGGCAGCGGGGAACGUAGAGAGGAUGCAGACAGUGCAGAAGAGAUGGACCCACAGCAGCGCUCGGCCAGGUCCAAGUCAGGCGUCUCGCUGGUCGAGCUGAGCCGUACCGAGACAGGACAGACGCCCUUCACCGCUACUACAAUCAAGCAAGAAUCGCCCGAGCCUGUACAAUCGCCCGCACAGUCGCCCGCCCCCAACAGCACUGAGUCCGACGGGCGGCCUAUUGACCCGGCACCAGGCGAGCCACCUCAGAUCGAACAGCCCAAGAUGAACGAGGACAAGGCCAAACACGUGCAGACGGCAAGUGGAGCUGCCCACGCUUCUACCCAGCUUGCAGCAUCACCGAAACCAGACCUCCAGGAGACCGCCAUCCACAAAUCGCCCCUUUCUUCAGUCGAGGCGGAGCCCGCGCCCAUGCCUGCAUCCAGGAAGCGCAGAGACGUCUACCGGGUCCCCAGCUCCCCAGAUGUUAUGCACGCAAAGGCAACACCGGUCAAGUCGCCAAAAACGUACGGCCGCUCCCCACGCUCGGCCGUCGUCAUUCAAAGAGAGGUGGAGCUCUUGAACAUGGCGCGGCGAAUGCCCCGUAACGGCGAAGAAAAGGACACAACCCAAAACGAAGCACUGUCUUCUACCUUGACCAAGGCACGUGCCUUCCAGCGACCAGAGCCUGAUGAGAUUGAGUCGACGCCGCAGGAAGAAGUGCGCUCAGUCCCACGUGAGAAAAGCCGUGGCACCAGCCAGCUGGGCGAGAUUGUGGACAAGGACAAGGGCAAGUCUCAGGACGACGACGAUGACGACGACGACGAUGAUGAUGAUACAGAUCUGACUGCCUCUUUCCUCGACGAAGCCGCAAGAGACCAGACGAACGGCACCCAGACCCCUGAGCGAAAGACGCUCGCCAAGCCUGCCAAACCGGGCAGCUUGAAGAAACCAUCUCGAGCCUCGUUAGCUCCUACCCCUGCCAGAACCAAACGUGGCGCACAGCUCAAGGCCGCUGGCACUCCAAUAUCCCGCGCUACAGUAGUUAAGCCAGCUGCCAAAGCCAAACCAUCCACACCCGCUAGCUCCAAGUUUACAAAGAGUAGAAAGGCGCCCAGCCAAGAAACUACGUCGCGAAUGGAACACUUGCAAAACCUGCUUCAUGCUUCUCAAAACAUUCCCAAACGCAGAGAUGACACAAGUUCGCCUGCACGAAGCAGCAACACCCAGAGUCGAGAUCGAAACAACAGAUCAUCGCCUGGAGUUCGAGUCUCGACCGCAAAAGAACCGGAGUCAGAGGCUCCUGGUCUCGAAGUGCUGAAUGCUCGACCCGCUACCCAGAUGCCAACAGCGCAACAGACACCGGUAAAGACCCCUGUGCCAUUGCCUCUGGGUGUGAAGACGUCGACGCCCAUCAGAUCGACGCCUAUUAGCUCGAUGACAUUCAAGAAAACUGCUGAGGCAUCAAAGCUUGGUGGAGUUGGUGGGUUCAAGAAACCAGCAACCAAGACACCCGAGUCCCCAGUGUCAUUGACAUCAGUGAAGAUGGCAUCAAAUCCCACCGUGUCAAUUACACCCCGACGUAGCGAGGUCCCUUUGCCUGCCAGUGUGCGCAGUCUGCGGCGUAGCAGUAGUUUGCAAAGUUCAUCGCUCGCUAAUGGCAACACGAAGACCGACAAGAAUAGUUCUGUUGCGCCUGCAAAAACACCAGCAAAACCCAACAAAGCUAGCUCAAUGGGAGCUGUUGAACCAACUGAAGCUCCAAUUGCUGAGUCUGCUGAGCAGACGUCGACUACAAAGCCUGCUGAUGGUGCUAUUGUCAUCUCAAGCGCCGAGCCUUCUUCUACUGGCUACUCGGAUUUUGAGAACGAACGGCAGCAUGAUGUGCUAGAGCGUGGUAUGAACGGGACUGUUGAAGGAAUAACCGCUUCAGAUAAACGUGAAGAAUCCACUCGAACUGACAGUACAACGACACCACACAACAAUACCGCAGGAGAAACCGGGGAGGCGGACCAGAUGGAAAUACCUAAUUUCCUAGACAAUACGCUGACCGCUCUUCCUCAGACCCAGGAUAAGCCACCGUCGGGACAAGGCACGAGCCAAGCCGUGCCCUGGGCUGCAGAAGUAUGGGGUUUCGGGAACUUGGACCAAACGCACAACUCCAGCUACAAGCCAGAACCAGAUCAUCAACCAGAGCACCAGGGAGCAGCUACUGCAACUUCCCCACCAGACGAUGAAGGCUUUGCUGAGCAGGAACUCUACAGCACAGCUAUUGAGGACAACGCGUCCAGAUCACGCUCCGCCAGCGUAGCUAUAUCAACGCGGUCUUCGCCUGCCGUUUCACGGCGACCAGCGCGUUUCCUGAGUCACUCUCCAACUCCGGAUGCAUCCGAAAGUGAAGAAGAAACCGACGAGGCAUCAGCCGCGCUGUCCCGUGCUGCAUCGACUCCGGCACAUAGCAGGGACGAGAGCGAGAGCGACUCCUCCUCAGACAGCUCGGAAGACGAGGACGUUGAGAUGCCGGACCUUCCCACUGUUUCGACAACCAACUCAAACAACAACCCUGUACCUCCUUCUUCGCCUCCCUUUCGCUCCGUGCUAGACACAGCGCCUGUAGUUCCAGAGACGAGUCAAGCCCCACCUUCUCAAAACAACUAUCCUACUCAACCAGUACUAGAUCCACUCCCCACUCAACAAUCCUCGCUGGCCCCUCGCUCUAGUCAAUCCGUCUCCGUGCAAGCCGCAGACCGUCGGCGAUAUACUGGAUUCCGGAGUCUGAGGGAGCAGCUUGCAGACACCAAGGCUGCACAAGCCGCUACGCAAGUCAAAAAAUUUGACCCACGGACAAUGAAUCUGGGAAAGCUGGCAAAGGGUAAGGCGCUCAUGGGCCUCGGGGUCAAUGAUAACGAGAGCAGUGAUGAUAGCAGUAGCAGCAGUGACAGUGAUAGUGAUUAG